GAUGAGGUACUUUCUGGUGCUGGUGGCGUGUCUGCUUGCUUGGAGCCUUGUGAGAGCUGACGAUGAAAGAUCUGAGAUUGCAGAGAAGGCCGGCAAUCGUCUGAAGCGCGGGGCAGGGUAUACAACAGCGGCCUACUCUACAACUCCCUACCCCUACAAGCCAUCUGCAACCGGGUACACUAAAGUGGCCUACUCUACAACUCCCUACCCCCAAAAGUCAUCAACAACCAAAAAGAAGUCUAGGUUUCCCUGGAACCGUGGCAAGCGUCAAGCAUGGUAUACAACAGCGGCCUACUCUACAACUCCCUACCCCUACAAGCCAUCUGCAACCGGGUACACUAAAGUGGCCUACUCUACAACUCCCUACCCCCAAAAGUCAUCAACAAACAAAAAGAAGUCUUGGUUUGCCUUGGGACGUGGCAAGCGUCAAGCAUGGUAUACAACAGCGGCCUACUCUACAACUCCCUACCCCUACAAGCCAUCUGCAACCGGGUACACUAAAGUGGCCUACUCUACAACUCCCUACCCCCAAAAGUCAUCAACAACCAAAAAGAAGUCUAGGUUUCCCUGGAACCGUGGCAAGCGUCAAGCAUGGUAUACAACAGCGGCCUACUCUACAACUCCAUACCCCUACAAACCAUCUGCAACCGAUUACACAGCCUCCUACCAGUAUAUGACCACCAAAUAUCCGGACUACCAAACAGCUGGCUACAGUGGUUCCAGUGGUCAAGCGGGGACAAUGAACCAGCUGGUCAACCAGGGGCAGAUACUGCUGCAGGAGGCCCAGGGCGCCUUGACUGAUGCCCAAGCAGCAGCGGGCUAUGUGAGGCAGCUGGAGGAAACCCUGCUUUGAAGACACAGGGCGACAGUGUACUCACAACACGAGAAUUAUGGACUGGGCGAUCACAUUCCUAUUAGCAGAUAAUGUAUUUGUUCUGUGUGACUGAUAAUAAAAAACGUUAACUGCAAAAAAGUA